CUCUAUUUUUAAUGAGAGUCGAUUCUAUAGAUUUACAUCACAACGUCAGACCGGAAGUUGGUUGUAAAGACACAGGAAACCGUCUGCUGCUCUCCUAAGGAGCUAGUAUACGACUGGAGUUCUGAGUUCCAAAUCUUCUAUCCGAGCCGAACCAGAACAAUGAACAGUUGAUGAAUGGGUUGAUGAAUAAAACAUCAGCCAUGUUCGCUGUGUUUCACCUCUCCCUCCUGGUUCUGUGCUGCAGCAGCAGCAGCAGCGCUGAAGCUGAGCUGGCCCCACCUCAAAACCCCACCAUGAUCACCUUAAACACCAACUAUACCCUGGUCUGGACCUGGGAUCAAGGAAGUGAAGAAUCCAGCGGUGUCACCUUCACCACACAAUGCAUCCCGCGGUUCAAGCUGAAGACGAGAGUUCCAAAGUGGCUCACUGUGUGUAAGGAGACAUCUCAGAGGUCAUGUGACCUCACAGGGUUAAACCUGCACUACCUGAGCAUCUUCGUGCUUCAAGUUCGGGCCACAAAGAGCGGUCGUCACUCUGAGUGGGUCAGAAUAGAGUUCUGUCCUGACAAAGAUGCUGCUGUCGGACCUCCAUCCAGCGUCCGCCUUGCUGCAGCUGGAGGUGCUCUGGAUGUUUCCAUCUCUGAUCCUCAGACCACCACGAACAGCUCCAUGAGGGAACUCCUUCCUAAGCUGUACUUCCGCAUAGCUUACUGGGAGCAGUCUGACGUGAGGCAGGUCAAGUCAGUAGAUGUAGAGGUCAGCAUGGUGACCCUGUCUGAUGUGAAAGCCUGGACCUGGUACUGCAUCAGCGUCCAGUCACGGGAUGACUUCUACAACAAGAGCAGCAGCUUCACCUCCCCGCAGUGUGUGCAGACCGAAGGUUCCGUUCCUUGGUGGCAGAUCGUCCUGUAUUUCCUGGGUUCUCUGUUAAUCGUCGUCGUGGUAGUGCUGCUGUUAGUUUUUGGUUCCCACCAGUGUUACCACUUGUGUAAGAGCACCUUGUCCCCCCGCGACCAGCUGCCGUCACACAUCAAACAGCAUUUAUUCGACUCUCUGGGCUCUGACCUACCUCGCCUUGUCCUCUCAGACUCCAAGUCAGAGCUGCUGUGUGAUCGGGUGACUGUGUGUCCACAGAGCUCCGUCCUGGAAAUCCAGAACCCUUCAGGUGUGACUUCAGCAGCCCCUCCUGCAGGCCAGGAGGAGGGUAGCAGACACAGCCGGCAGAACAGCAGCAGCAGUGGAGAUUCUGGAGUUUAUUCUGCAGGAGGAACCUCCAGCACACUGCAGCCCAACAUCUGCCCAUCCUGUACAGAUGUGGAGCCCCAAUGUAAGGCUUCUUCUCACUCUGAGCAUGUGAAGAUGCUGAAGAUGGACUUUAUAUUUUCUCCUGGGAUCUCAGCAGAGGGUGAUUCAGGCGUGUGUGUGUGUGAAUCAUGAAUGAGCAAGAUGUUCUUCUGCUGAAGAAGAGGAUGGUUCUGUUGGUAGAACUGAAGAGGACACUUCUGCCACUGAUGUUUUCAUCUUUGCUUGGACCGAAUCCUGACGCUGAUUCUAACACCUCGUCUCUUAAAGCCACCAUCUUAAUUUUGUGAGUUGUUGGUGAGGGAUAUGUCCACCUGUUGAUGGUUCCUGUUUGGGUUCUGCAGCACUGAUCAAACACAUCAACCCAAUCAAAGCUUUUUUUCAGCCACUUUUAUUUCAUCUGCUUUAAUCCGUCCUACUAAACUCACCCUUCUGCACGGCUGAUCCAGUGAAGCAUAACCUCUGUGUAAAUAACGAAAUCAUUUAUCUCCAUUUAAACCAUGUUACAGGCUGGGUUUCUUUGGUUGGAUCAAUGUUCACAUAAACCAAUAAACUAUGAAGUUUCAGUUCA